AUGCUUGCCAUGGCUCAAAGCUACAAUUUCGAGACAGGAGACCGAAAACAAGCAGGUUUCCGGAUUAGAGACUCACACAUCACCAGCACCCAGCCACGGCAAACUAACCGUCAUGAGCUACCUCUCGCCUCUGCCCCAUUACCCAGCACCGAUUGCAAGAAUUCCACGUUCUCGCUCAUAUUUGCACGUGCCAGCUCCAUUUCCUAG